AUGGCUCCGAAAGUCACUUGCAACCCGACCAAACUCGCCUCAGUCGUAGGUUACCUCCAACGUUCCCGAGUCGCACACAGCAUCAAGGACCUCGAGAAACAUCUACCAUCCGUUGCCUCGAUCAAUGGCAUGCAAGUGAAAGAUUACCUCCAAGUCCUCUCCGAUGACAACCGCAUCCACGUUGAAAAGAUUGGCUCCGGAAAUUGGUACUGGUCUUUCGCAUUACAGGAGCUCAAAGCCCGACAGGCUGGCCGCGAUGCCGCCCAGGCCACCCACUCUAAGCAACUCGCCGCGGUCGAGGACCUACGCGCCCGACAUGCUGAAGCUAUCGCGCAACGCAAGGACGAAGAAGCAGCGAUGGCGACCGCAGCUGGAGAGCAUGAGCACAACCAAGAUCCCGACGGCUCAGACCAGACGGACAGUCGCGAGACCCUCCUCGCUCGACAAAGUGUUUUGAUUGCGGAGACGGCAGCUCUACGAACGUAUCUCGCGGCGUACAGUGACGACGACCCGUCUCUUCUGCAGGAUAAGAAAGCGCAGACCCAUAACCUCGCGAAUCAGGCACGGGCGUACACAGAUGACAUCUACUCUCUCGAAAGCUGGUUUCGUCGAAUGGGCGCCGAUGAACAUCUUGCAGCGUUAAGAGCCACCUUUUAUGGCUCGGAGCUUGACGCGGAAAGCGGACAAUUGAGGGACCUGGAUUGA